AGAACUUCGUUUUGAUUGGGGUGUUGCUACGGCAACCACAAGUGUCAACAUGUCGGGUGGAGCGACUCGUCGUGAAAAGAAGGAGCCGGUGAAGGUGGAGGAGAGUGAGCCGCAGAGAACGGCCCCAGCGUUUCUCCUGUGGGACAAGCCGCCUCAUCUCAGGACUGUGGAGCUGCAGCGGAGGAGCGCGGCCGAGCUGGAGGCGGAACUGAAGGAGAUCCUGGGCUUGAGGAACCAUCAGACAUGUAUGAGGGAAGCUGCCCUGCUGGAUUAUUUCGUCUGUGGUUUCUGGUGGACUAAAGAGAAGAAGUUCAGCCCCACACAGACCUCCUUCACUACAGCUGUGCUACACAUGCUGAUUGACAACAUAAGAGUGAAACAGAUGGGUCUGCUGGAGAACUUGAUGGAGUUUGCUAAGGCUUUGGCUCCUGCAUGCCAGUGUUGGAUUUCAGGUGGAGAAACAACUUCACUUCUGGACAGAAAAGAAGCCAAAGAGUUCAUAAAUUACAUCACAAUAAGUUUGUUUCAGAAGUACCGACUGUAUGAGCUAGUGCUGACCACACCCAGAGAGGAGUUACUGGUGGGCCUGGAGAGGACCAUUGAGGUGUUCAAUUGGCAGGGCAUUCUCAACCCAUUGGAGGAAGGCACCUCCUCUCUUCUACCUGAAGUGACAACCCAUGUGUCUCUCCCAUAAAAAUUAACGGUUGUCUUCAGUUUUACUUCACAGACACUGGGAAAUGUCAAACCCACCCAGGAAGAUUCAGACCCACCGAGGAAGAGCGUCUCAGGAAGAUUCCGACCCAGCAAUGUUGGACUUCAUUAAUUGAAUGCAGCAAUUUCAAGUCUGUAAAUAAUGUAUGAGCUUAUUUCAAACGUAUAAUUUUUUUUAAUAGUUUGGUAUUUUUGGUUUAGCCAACAUGUAUAGGUAUUUCGGUAGGCUGCCGAUGUAGCUUUGCAAUGACGUAACUUUUAACUGCAACUAAAACUCAAGAAAAUAUAAUGAAAUAAAUCCUUGAAUGCAAAAAUAGACUGUAUGAACAAACCAACUCAGUCAAUGUAAAUCUGGCGUCAUUUCUGUCUCUGAGCACAAAUAUUAAACCAGAUAUUGAGUCAA